AUGGAAACACUGAGCCACGAGUCUCCUCUCUCUGCUGAAGAAGCCCCUCCAAGACCAAACACACCAUUGCAGGUUCCACAUGAAAAGAAACAGCAAUCUUUAGAAGAAGAAGUAGAAGAGAAGGAGGCAAAGCUAGAUACUUCAUUGGAUCUAAAUGCUCCUGGCGAUGAUUCUGCUCUUGGGUGCAAUCCACUUCUCAAUCUCAUCACCUCCUUGGACAUGGAUUUGCCCAACACUUCAUCAGAAAAUCCCACUGGUUCUGAUGUAGAGCCACGAGUGUUCUCUUGCAACUACUGCCAGAGAAAAUUCUACAGUUCACAAGCUCUUGGGGGACACCAAAAUGCCCACAAGAGGGAGAGGUCAAUUGCGAAGAGAAGUCAGAGAUCAGGAUCCCAUAUGAUAGCUUCAGCAACACCUUCUGGGAUUCCCUUUCUUCAUAAUCAGAUUCACCACUAUGCUACUAUGGCCUCUUUGCCUCUCCACGGUGCUUGUAGUGAUAGACCACUUGGAAUUCAGGCUCACUCGAUGAUUCAGAAACCUGCUCCUCAUUCUUCUUUCAAUGGGUUUCGAAGCACUUAUGGAAACCAUGGUUGGUCAAGACCCCUUAUUGAUCAACAACCUGGAAUAGGGAAGCUAACAAUGGAAACUUAUCAUAAAACAAGAUCUUCAUCACGAGGCGGUGUAGGUAAAUUCGAUGUGGUAAAGAACAUGCUCAAUUCAGCAGCCAAUGAAGAAAUCAAUGGAUAUCUGGUUAGUGGAAUUACUCGUUUGAAGACUAAUCAAGAAGAAAGGAAGCACCUUGACUUGUCCCUAAAGCUCUAA